AAAAAAUAUAUAAACUAUAAAAUAAGCCCGCCUAAACGGCAACAAAAAGCUUCUCUUCCGCCAAAAUGUUCAUUUCCAUCUCUGGCCGAAUCUCCCGCCACGGAGAGCGUCAGGGGCGUUCUUGUCGUGACGUAAGCUCCGGUGUCUCCGGGCUGAACCAAUGAGCAUCGGGGAGCGGCCGCUGUCCGACCAAUCAAAAGAGCUGCUGGCCGGAAACAGCUGCUCUUGCUUUGGAGGCGGGGAAUUAUUGGCGCUAAAGUUGGCUUGUUGGAGGAGAAAGACGGAGGCGCGCAGUCGAAGUCUGAAGCGACUUUCAGCUUACGUCGUUCAAGAAAAGGUGACCAAGAUGCCGAGCACGCGCUCCCAGUGUCUCGCCCAGCCCACCCUGUCCUUCCCCAGACGCAAGUCCUGCCGGGGGUCCUCCAAGACCGAAGCCCCUCAAGUGGAGAAGCCGUCAGCCAAGAAGACCCUGGCCCAAACUGGACCGAAGACCCUGGCCCAAACUGGACCGAUGAAGCCCAUCCCCUUGCUGUCCCACGCCGUUCUUCUCUCGCCGAGACGCGGCGCGACGGCGAUCCCUCCCUCGCCAGCCAGGCUGCCUCUCAGCCCGCGCAAGCGCACAGGCGAAGACAACGCCCUCAACGUCGGCGCUCAGCACGCGUCUCCGCCCAAGCAGAGCAGGGCGACCACGCCGCUGCUGUCCCCGCGUCGCCUGGCCUUCGAUGAAAACUCGCCCGUCUGUGCUCGCCGUCGGCUGAUCCCCUCCUCCCCCGCCGCCGCUUCGUCGCCAGGGCAACGAAGUGGAAGUCCGGCCCGGCCGAGUCCGGACCGCAAGGAGUCUGAAAGGUCCAGGUUCCUCAGCGUCAAGCAGGCGCUCCACACCGCCAUACCCCCGCGCCUCCUGUCCCGCGACCACCAGCGAGACGCCAUCAGCUCCUUCCUCAGGGACACGGCCGCUCGCCGUCUGCCUGGUGGUCUCUACAUCUCAGGAGCACCGGGGACCGGAAAGACCGCCUGUCUGGACCGCGUGCUGCUCGACAUGAAGGAGGAGUUGGUGUGUGUGCACACACUCAUCAUCAACUGCAUGAGUGUGAGAAGUUCACACUCCAUCUUCCCUCUUCUGGCACACAUGCUGCACCUGCCUGAUGGACCCCGAGGACUGCAGGCACACCUGACCUCACCUGGACCUGCUGUGCUCCUGGUUCUGGACGAGAUGGACCAGCUGGACAGCAAGUCCCAGGACAUCCUGUACACCAUCUUUGAGUGGCCUCACCUGCCCAAGUCCCGCCUCUGUCUCAUCGGGGUCGCCAACGCUCUGGACUUGACGGACCGCAUCCUGCCCAGACUGCAGGCGCGCCCUCGCUGCCGACCUCAGCUGCUCAACUUCCCGCCCUACAGCCGCCAGGAGCUGAGCGCCAUCGUGCAGGACCGCCUGGCUCAGGCGUCGGCGGGCGGGAUCCUGGACGCCGCCGCCGUGCAGUUCUGCGCCCGCAAAGUGUCUGCCGUGUCGGGGGACGCCAGGAAGGCUCUGGACAUCUGCAGGAGAGCGGUGGAGAUGGUGGAGUCUGAUGGCAGGAAGAAGGUGGAGUCUGAUGGCAGGAAGAAGGUGGAGUCUGAUGGCAGGAAGAAGGUGGAGUCUGACGGCAGGAAGACGGCGUGCCAGCAGAAAGACGAGGCGUGCCGCGUCAGCGUCCCUCAGGUGGCGCGCGUCCUCUCCGAGGUGUACGGCGACCGCAUGGCGUCGCAGGGCGGCGCCCCCGAUGGCGAGAACUUCCCUCUCCAGCAGAAACUUCUGGUGUGCUGCCUGCUGCUGCUGGCACGCGGCGGGAAGAGCAAGGAAGUCGUGCUCGGCAAGCAGCUCCAUGAGGUCCACAGCCGCCUGUGCGCUCAAAGGCAAGUGGGCGGAGUCAGCCAGGCCGAGUGUUUGUCGCUCUGCUCGCUGCUGGAGAGUCAAGGAGUGUUCGCUCUGAAGAAAGCCAAAGAAGCUCGACUCACUAAAGUGUUCCUGAAGAUCGAGGAGAAAGACGUGGAGAACGCGCUGAAGGACCGCACGUUGGUCGGCAGCAUCCUGGCGGCCGGACUCCCUUGAGCUUCUUUUUUUCAAUUUUAUUUUGUAGCUUUUUUUUUAAGAUGAACUUUAAAAAGUUUUUUAUUAUUUUUUUUCUUAUUAUAAAAUUCUCAUUUUUGCUGAGGAUGUCAUUUUUAAAGUCAGGUUUGUUGUUGAAAAUAAACUGACAGAUUUAGUUUCUUUAGUGUUCUCGUGAGACGUGUAGAAACGCCACUCAACACCAAGCCAAACCGGAGUCAAUGAAGAGAACGUCGUUGUAAGCUUGACCAUUUACUUUUGACAAUUCUUCAUAGACAAGAUGGUGAAAAACUAAAAAGAACAAAGAGACACAAACACACUUAUUGUCUCUGUACAUAUUUGUCAACAAUGACAUAUGAAAAUGUAACGGUAAUGUCCCAAAAUGUCCAGCAGAGGGAGACUCCCGUCUGUCUGAAUGACUUCAACACAUUGUAUCUAGUUCGACAAUAUCGGCACUAUUACACUUUUUAACGUGUCUGACAUGUUAACUUAUUAAAGACAA